AUGCCUGCUUGCUUAGAGUGCCAUCCCGGAACUUUCCAAGAUGAAGAAGGCAAAACCGAAUGCAAGAACUGCAGACCUGGCCAUCAUGUGAAUGCCAGUGGGGCCACCGAAUGCAGAAGUUGCGCCGAAGGCAGCUAUGUGGACGCCAUCGGGUCACCUGUGUGCUACAAGUGCGAGGUCGGCACCUUCUCCGAGGAGCGAGGCAGUGACCACUGCAUCGAGUGUUCAGCGGGGACCACUGCAGAGAGGCGUGGCUUGACGCUUUGUUCUGACUGUGAGCCAGGCUUCUUCGCCGGGGAGGUCGGCUCGGGCGGCUGCGAGGCCUGCGAGCCAGGCACCUUCAGUGACGAGUAUGGGAUGUCGCUGUGCGAGCCUUGUGACGAAGGCUUCUUUUCAGAUAUGCAGGGCAUGACCUCCUGCAGAGAGUGUUACUCCACUUGGAUCCCAUUGACCUCCUCGAGCAAUGCAAACGCCUGCGUGGUGGAUGAAGAGGCGCUGGUGGGAUUGAUGCUCAUUGGGGUGGCCUUCACGGUCUUGUGGCUCUUAAUUCCAUCGCUCUUCUUCUGGCGUGUGGGCAUUGACGAUGUCUAUGUGGAAUCUGCGGGCGGACGGAAGCGCGUCAUCAUCCGGACGCGCAGCUCCCACUGGCUGUCCUUCUUCUCUCUCAGCCAGUGCCGCAAAAGAAAGCCAAGCAGGACGGUGAGCCCCAAGGUGAUCAACUUGGACCGAAUCGACUCGACGAAGACCGCUGGCACAGAAAAGUCCAUCACCUUGGAGAAUGCGGUGCACGUGUCAGUCAAGAACCGCGUGAUGGUGCCCGUGGAGUUUGCGCAGACCGGGCAUCCCUUCUUGGACACGCGUCCCAGCAAUCACGCCCAGGACUCAUGGUGGAUGAACACUGCUGCCGCCCGGGCGGUCCAAGCCGCACAUGAUUUGAUCGAGAAGGUGUCUGCGCUGAAGGCUGAGGAGCCGUGUGGGAAGAAAGGACGGCCUCAAGUCCAGCCGUUGACCAGGACUCACUUGCUUUUGCUCACGGCAGAUGGGAAGCCAGAGGAGCGGGUCAUCGAAACCUCCAUGGGCUAUCUCAGAAUCUAUUUCCCAACGACCUUGUUUCUUGUGGCGCCGCUGCAGAUUCCCAUGCUGGUGUGGCUUCUGCUUGCCUUCCUGCUGGUUUUGGUGCCUGUGGUCACUUUCCAAUUCGAGGCCAGAUUCGUCCUGGUGACCGCAGGGAUCGGUUUGUUGCUUGCCCUCUUCCUGGCACUCUUGGAGUGGCGGGUCACGCCACCUACCCUGCGGCACAUCAAGCUGAAGGACCACAGUAAAGAGCUCGAGAGAGCCAAUCCCUUUCCCCAGCGCUGUGAACGUGGACCUCAACGUGCAGUGCAAGCAGGUCAGUUGUGGCGCUUCUUCAUGAGCUUUGAGACCUUGAUCCGACAGCAGCGGAGCAUGUACUACGUGGUCUCCAACCUCUUGAUGCCGCUCACCUCACAAAAACGCUUGUCUUAUGCAGAGUUGGCAGGGUCCCACCAAGUGCUUUGGUUUGUCUCUCACUUCUGGGGCACCUCUUUCCGGCACUUCGUGCACUCGGUCCGGAAGCAUGCGGAAUCUGUGGCACCCUACUCGAGAGUGCCCUGGACAGAGCCCACGUACUGGAUUUGCAGCUUCAGCAACAACCAAUGGGAAGUGGAGGCUGAAGUGGGCAAGAGCUGGGACGAUUCCUCCUUCUUCAAGACCUUAAACUGUAGCGAUUGUUUGGGGACCGCGAUGAUCUUAGAUGAUGAGGCAAUGCCCCUGACUAGAGCCUGGUGCUUGUUCGAGGUCUUGCAGACCAAGGAGAUCCAAAACAAGCGGCCCGACUUCGAAGGCCUUUGGCUUUGUACCUCCACGGGGGUGCUGCAUGAGGGGAAGGCGGGGGUGGACGUGGCCUUGCACCUGGCGAAGCGCUUGAGCAAUCUGCGUUUGGAGGAUGCGACCGCAUCCGUGCAGAAGGACAAGGACAUGAUCGACCACUUGAUCUCCCAGAUGCCCGGAGGCUUCGAAGCCAUGAAUCGCUUCGUCAAAAGCAACAUCGCCGAGGCUUUGCGGCACAUGAACACCGCCUUCAAGAAGGAAUUUAAUCAAAUCAUGAGCUCGCUGGGUGAAGAACCCACCAGUCAAGCGAGCGACGCCAACGUGUUGGCAUCCACCUCCAGCUGGGAACGCCCCGAAGAGAGCCGAUUCCUGGAGGAGGUAGUGCGGGAUCAGAGGAACAUGUACCUGAAACUCUUCCACCUUCCAGAGUUUGGGCCCUUGAGCGGCGAUGACAUCUUUGAGAAGGUCACCUCCGUGUGCAUCGGCACUGGACGCUUCCUGCGGGCCAUGCUGGUGCCAGCUUUGGCGGAAGUGGGCGGGGAGAUCAUUCUGGCGAGGGAGCUCAAGGAGGGCAUUAUGAUUCUAGCGCCAGAAAGAACAAUCCACACUCAACAGUGGAUGACCAGUGACCGGGUGAUGCUUUUGAAGGUCAAAGGCCGGGCUGCACUGCACACGUUCUUUCACGGUGCUCAAGACACAGAUCACGCAGCCUGA